UACAUCCACCCUAAUAGAUUUGUAAAUUUCUUUUACCCAAAUUCCAUAAUAAUGUGUCUCUCUGCUUCCAGGAGUACCGUUUGCAGUCCAUAUGAACUGCAUGGUGUCUUUGUGGUUGCUUUCCAUAGGUGUGUUCUGCAUACCUCUCUACAUCCCGUACAGCCUGACGGGAAAAUGGCACUUGGGAAGAGGCGUCUGCAAGCUCUGGCUAGUUAUGGAUUAUCUCCUGUGUCCAGCUUCAGUAUUUAACAUUGUUCUUAUCAGUUAUGACCGUUUCCUGUCAGUUACUCGAGCCGUAUCUUACAGAGCCCAUCAGGGAAUAACCUCCAACCCUGCCAUCAAGAUGGUGGCCAUAUGGAUCUUAGCCUUUCUCCUCUAUUGCCCAGCAAUCCUCUUUUGGGAGCACGUGGUCGGACACAGCGCAGUAGCGGCAGAUCAGUGCUACGCCGAGUUCUACGACAACUGGUACUUCCUCCUGUGUGCAUCCACCCUGGAGUUCUUUGUGCCACUGCUCCUGGUGAUCUACUUCAAUAUGCACAUCUUCCACAGCAUCCAGAGGCGCCAGCGGCAAGGCGGUAUGCAGGACUGUGAGCCUCCAAGGAGCAGCAGCCUGUCCUGGAGAUUUUGCCCUUUGCCAAGAUUAGGGGCAUCUUCUUCCUCGGAAGCAAAGGGCAGUGUUUCUUCUUCCGUGAGACCAAAGAAAGAGUCUUUGGUAACCGACUGCUCAUCUCCAUCAAAAGAGAAUUCUGUUACUCCAGAAAAUGACUUUUCUGUUUCCCUCUGUUCAAAGACUAGGUCAAAACUGCAUCAGGACAAGAAAAUUGCAAAGUCACUUGCCAUAAUUGUCUGUGUGUUUGCCAUUUGCUGGGCCCCAUACUCUAUACUGAUGAUUGUUCGUGGGGCCUGCCAGGGAACUUGUGUCCAUAAUGCCCUGUAUGAAGCAACUUUUUGGCUUUUAUGGAUCAAUUCCUCUCUGAAUCCAUUUCUCUACCCUCUAUGUCAUGUUAAAUUUCGAAUGGCUUUUCUGAAAAUAUUAAGUCCCAAAAAGUUUGCCACAUUGAGAUCAGGAUCCUUUUAGAAGGAAAAAACAAAAAGAAGAGCUGGAUGAGGAAUGUAA